UUCUCUCGCGAUUCAUCUGCAGUUCUUCCGCUCUUUCUCUCUUUAUGCGAGUUCUUGAACGGCGACGAGGGUUCUGAGCUCCACGAUCCCAUCCUCCACCUUUCUCUCACCCUCUGUCUCCGUCAUUCCUCUCGAAUCGAAUCGAAGCCGUGGACAAACUCUCGUGGUCUCGCUUUGUCCAUCUCUGCUCUUCUAGUAAGAACAUGGGCUGGAUUGUGGUUUCCGUUCGUCCUGGAGUGAUUUCCCUGGAGAUGGUUCCGUCUGUCAUGCGGAAGGGCUCAUAAAGACGACCAAUUUGAGCCAUAUUUGCUUUUUUGUGAAGCUAUUCAAGCAAUGGCUCAUUUGGAGGAUCAAAGUAAUGAUGAUAUUCAAUUUCAUUGGGGGAAAAAAAGAGGAAUUGGUGGUACAAAAAAGGAUUGUCAAUUCUAUGAGUCAUUCACAUUUGAUAAUGUGAACUACUCAUUAUAUGAUUGUGUUUACCUUUUUAAGCACGGUGAGCCCAAGCCUUAUAUUGGAAAGAUAUUGAAGAUAUGGGAACAACCGGGCCAUAAGAGAGUAAAAAUUUUAUGGUUUUUCUGCCCAAAUGAAAUUCAAAAUUAUUUGGGAGAUCAUGCACCAUUGGAGAAGGAGAUCUUUUUGGCUUCUGGUGAAGGUGUUGGUCUUUCCAAUGUCAAUACACUGGAAGCUAUAGCUGGCAAAUGUUGUGUAAUCUGCACUUCAAAGGACGAGAGGAAUCGACAACCUUCCAGCGAAGAAUUGGCUAUGGCUGAUUACAUCUUUUAUCGCACAUUUGAUGUUGGAAGCUAUGAAAUAUCUGAAAAGAUAGCAGAUAGAAUAGCUGGUGUUGAAGUUAAGUAUCUUUUAAACUGGAAAGAGGAUCAGAAGCCAAAGUUUGAAGCAAAUUCUAGCGGAGAUCAGAAGUCGGAAGAUAAACCUUCGAGGAAAAUGACAUUGACUGAUGACCCAGCAAAACCCCUGGAUAAGGUGUCCUCUGAGAAGGUGAAGCUUGGGGAGAAGAAAGCCAAACCUUUAGAUGAAUCCCUGAAGAAGGUGUCUCCUGCUGCUCUGGAGGACAAAGUUAAAAAAGCUGACCUUCAAACAGUGGGAGUAAAGAGAAGACCAGAUCAGAAGCCAAAACCUGGAGCAGCAUUUGAAGCAAUUGGUGAUGAAUAUCAGAAGCCAAAGUUUGAAGCCAGUGUUGGAUAUCCAAAGUCAGAAGAUAAACCUUCGAAAAAAAUGAGAUUGACUGAUGGCCUGGCAAAACCCGUAGAUAAGGUAUCUUCUGGUAAGGUGAAGCUUAAUGAAAAGAAAACCGAAACUUUGGAUAACUCCUGGAAGAAGACAUCUCCUGCUGUUAUAGUGGCGAAAGAUAAAAAAGCUGACCCUCAAACAUUGGAAGUAACCAGGAGACCAGAUACGGAUAGAAGCAAGUGGUUCAAGGGACUUCCUUGGGAAGUAAGAAUGAAGAAUGCUGAUGAGCAAGGAACCCUUGUGUUUAUUGAGAAUUUUGACCGACAUUAUACAUCAUCAGAAAUAGAGGAUAUCUUCUAUCGUGCUUUCGAACAAAGUUGCAAAGCAAGGGUCAUUCAGCAGGCUACAUUUCAAGAUCCUAAUUAUGGUCAAGCAUAUGUGAUUUUUAGAACAAAGGAGGCUGCAGAUCUGGCUGUUUCAAAAAUCAACAUGGGAUGUAUGAUGCUACCAGAUGGAAGACCCCUUAUUUGCAGUAAAGGCAUGUUGAAGAUGCCACAGCCCAAAUCAUCUACAUUGGCUGGUCAUUACUCUGUCAAGCUCAAGCCCCAAUUGCAACGAGAGGAAAUGAGAAGGGCUGUAUCAACUUCACACUGUUCCCAGCCUAAUACAAUUGAAUAUGAAAUGGCCAUGGAUUGGAUUCUUUUACAAGAAAAAUCUGUUAGAUGGUGGGAACGGUUAUUUAAGGGGCAUGGUUAUGAGCGGAAGCAAGGUACAAGGAGCCUGAAGCUCAAGUAAAGAAGCAGUUGAAUUACUGCAUCCCUCGGCUAGCCACACCAAUGUUCCCUUUUUCUAGGUUUGAAAAUUUUAUCGUUGAUCACAGUUUACUAAUUUUCAAUUUAAGAGUAAAUUACACUGUUCUAAAAUUAUUUAAAAACACAUUAGAGGUUGCUUAUUUUCUCUAGGGGUCUGAUGGGAACCUUCUAGUUUUGUUCAUGGGGAUUGUAUACUCCAGGCUGUUUUUGGAUUCUGCAUAUGAGCCUGGGAGAUUAUUGGGUUCAUCGAGUACAGUGUUAAUGAUUCUUCAGUUUUUUGUUCAAAGAAGAAUGAGAUGGCAGAUCCUCAUCCAGUUCGGCAUUUGAGUCUUGUGAGGUUUAGCAGCUGAGCAUUCAAAGAACUGAGUAGAGGAGGCCACCAAACCUCCUCCACUUUCAAAAUAUCAAGAUUCAUAUCCACCAUCUGUAGGUUGUAAUAUCACACUCUGGUAGAGUGGGCUACCCAUGGUUGGCUGCAUCAAUUUGUUUUUUGUAUUAUCCAUGACAGUCAUGCCUUGAUAUUUCAACCCUAAAUGUUAUUAGCAAUCUAAUGUCAGAUGAGGUGUAAAAUUUGUAGGUUGUUGGAUGUAUCUACACUUACAUGCACAUGGUCUAAAUUGAGCAGAAUAUACAGUGCUGGCUAGUCAGUAUAUACUUGAGUAGCAGAUGAAAAAUUAAAUUUGUUGUAUAUGCACUUUCUUUUACAGUAUUAUCAAUGAUUUUUUUUUUUA